AUGACCCAAACAGUUGACUUUGUUCUGGUCCAGGCAGCUCCUUGGCUCCUAGCAGGCUUGGGACUUUGACUGAUGUUCAGGGAGAUGCUGCUUCACAUUCAGAGGGAUACUUUCUGGCCGUGUCCUACCCUGCUCUUGACACUGCUCCUGCAGCUUCCUGCUUCUGUGUGCAGGACAGAGGAGCCCAUCUGCUUCCACAAAAUCAGCCCCAGCCUCAGCAGAGAUGGGGACCUGUUGAUUGGAAGCUUUCUCCCUCUGUACGCAGUGAAAAUCAGUGAUGUUACAGGAGCAGAGCUUUUUACAAGUCAGCCUAACAAAGGCUGUAAGAUGUAUCAGUGGCUGCAUAAAAACUACCAGCAGGCCAUGACCAUAAGGUUUGCUGUGGAGGAGAUCAACAGGAACCCUGUUCUGUUGCCUAACAUUUCUUUGGGAUUCGAGGUCUACAAUGCCUACCACAGUGAUGAGAGAACCUUGGAGAGCUCCCUGCGGUGGUUGACAGGAGAGGGUCAGUUAGUCCCUAACUUCAGCUGCAGAGGUCAGGACAAGUCCGUGGCUGUCAUUGGAGGAGCCACGUCAGCUCUGUCCGUCCAGAUGGGUUCCCUGCUUGAGCUCUACAACUUCCCACAGCUCAGCUUUGGCCCUUUUGAUUCCAUCCUGAGUGACAAGGCCCAGUUUCCUUCUCUCUACCAGAUGGCUCCCAGGGACUCUUCCUUACUCCGAGGUGUGAUCAGGUUACUGGUAUAUUUUAAAUGGAACUGGGUAGGUCUGGUGACCACAGAUGAUCUCAGGGGUGAAGAAUUCCUUUGGGAAGUGAUAGGAGAGAUGGCAAAGUAUUAUAUAUGCACAUCCUUCACAAGGAAGAUCCCUGUCAGUGAGAGACGACAUGAAGAAUCAGAGGUGGAUUUUAUGCCCGGGAUCAUGGGAUCUUCAGCCAGGGUGAUUGUGAUUCAUGGUGAUACAGAUUCGUUAAUGAUUCUGAGAUAUUCACAAAUGUUUGUUGUCCCAGCAUAUAAGGUGUGGAUUGCCUCUUCUCACUGGGAUAUCACCAUGAGACCCAACUAUGCUGACAGUUACAAUUUCUACGGAGCUCUCAAAUUUACAUACCUCACCAGUGAGAUUCCUGGAUUUAAGUCUUUUCUCAGGACAAUCAACCCUCAUAAAGACCCAGAGGACAUUGUACUUAAGGAGUUCUGGUUGUCAGCUUUCUGGUGCCAGGAUAAAUAUGAAAAGCUGGAGCUAGAGCAGUGUGCACCAAAUGCUACUUUGGAGGCUUUGCCUAUAUUCCUUUUUGACAUGACCAUGUCUGGCCUGAGUUACACCAUUUACAAUGCUGUGUAUGCUGUGGCUUGGGCCCUUCAUGAAUGGCUUCUGAGGAAAUCAGAGAUUGCAUAUGAGGAAGCUGGAGAAAGCUGGAUGCCUCAUCCUUGGCAGCUCCACUCCUUUCUGAAGGACAUUCACUUUAACAACAAUGCUGGUGAUCAGGUGUUUAUGAAUGAGAAAAGAAGCUCUGAAGCUCAAUAUGACAUUAUGAACUAUGUGAUUUACCGUAAUGAUACUGAAUUGCUGCUGAAAGUGGGCCAAUUUAUCCCCAGUGCUCCACCUGGUCAAGAUUUCACCAUGUGUGAGGAAGCCAUUGACUGGGGAUGGGUAGAUUCAGAGGUCCCUCGAUCUGUGUGCAGUGACAGCUGUGGCCCUGGAUACAGGAAGACAAAUAAGGAGGGAGAGCCUGUUUGCUGCUUCAGCUGUUCCCAGUGUCCAGAGGGGGAGAUUUCCAAUCAAACUGAUGUGGACCGCUGUACAAAGUGCCCAGAAGAUGACUAUGCAAUUAAGGACAGAAAUCACUGUUUCCCCAAGGUUGUGACCUUCCUGGAUAUUGCAGAACCUUUGGGGAUAACACUAGUAUUAAUAGCUAUUUCCUUCUCUCUUCUGACAGCGCUGGUUCUCUGGGUGUUUGUGAAAUUUCAAGACACUCCCAUAGUCAAGGCCAAUAACCAGACCCUUAGCUAUACUCUCCUCAUCUCCCUCACCUUCUGUUUCCUCUGCUCCUUGCUCUUCAUUGGCCAGCCCACUGCUGCCACUUGCUUCCUCAGACAAACAACUUUUGGAGUUGUCUUCACUGUGGCCGUGUCCUCUAUUUUGGCAAAAACCAUUAUAGUAGUUCUAGCCUUCAGGGCUAUAAGAUCAGGGAGCAGAAUCAGGAUCUGGGUACAAUCCAGGGUGCCCAACUCUGUUGUCCUCAUGUCCUCUGGCAUCCAAGCGAUUCUCUGUGGCAUCUGGCUAAGAAUUUCUCCACCCUUCCCAGACAUGGACACACUUUCUGAACCUGGUCACAUCAUUAUUCAAUGUAAUGAGGGCUCUGAUAUUGCCUUCUACUGUGUCCUGGGCUACCUGGGUUUCCUGGCCCUGGGGAGCUUUACUGUGGCUUCUCUGGCCAGAAGCCUGCCUGAUACUUUCAAUGAGGCCAAGUUCAUCACAUUCAGUAUGUUGGUGUUCUGCAGUGUGUGGAUCUCCCUCCUCCCCACAUACCAGAGCACAAAGGGCAAGGCCAUGGUUGUUGUAGAGAUCUUCUCCAUCCUUGCCUCCAGUGCUGGGCUACUGGGCUGUAUCUUUAUUCCCAAGUGCUAUGUGAUCCUGCUGAGGACAGAAAGGAACACUCAAGAGGAGAUAAGGAAAAAAGUGGAUUCAAAAGUUAGGAAUUAUUCUAGGACACUGCCUCACAAUUCCCACCAAAGCCAUAAAAGGUUUAAAUAA